UCAAUCUGAAGCUGGAAGAAGAAAAUGAUUCAUGUUGGAAAAAAGAAGCAAGCAAUGGCGCACCCAUGGGUGAACUUGUUUUGCAAGGCAGCAUUCGACGACAUGCACCCACCGGGAGCAUGUCACUUGCAAAACAGUCAUCCACUCAGCAGUACUUUGCCCAAGCAAGUCCGAAAUAGCACAAUCAGGCCUGAAAUCGUUCUACCACCACCACCUCCUGAUGAGGACGAACACCCUUGGCCAUAUCUAAAAUAAAUGUUUUAUUUUCUCAGAAUGAAGGAAUCAUCCUACAGGAUGAAAUGUCUGUUAUGUUUACUAAAAGUUCAGGAAAUACUAGCGUUCGAGAACUCGCCGUCGAAUCGAAAAUUUAAUCUAAGAACACAUUGAGGUAAGCCUACUGUUAGCUUGCCAGCUAGCUAGAAUAAUGUUAGCAUGCUAGCUAACAUUAGCUAACCUAGCUAGCUUGCCCACAGUUACUAAUGCAACAAGCCGUGUUAGUUGAUGCUAGUUAAUCCUAUACCUAAAUAGUUCACUAGCUAGUAGCUACCUACUUUAACUGAAGCUUUGUUAGCUAAUGCAAUCUAAAUAAACUAACGUUCGCUAACUAGCUAGCGUAGUAGUUUUUGAAUCUGGGCACAUUUUAGUCAGCUAACGUUAGUCUAGCCAAAUACAUUUUCUCUAAACACCCCUGGUCAAGCUAGCUAGCUAACGUUAACAUUCAAAUGUUAGCUAACACCCACUAGCUUAGCUAGUUAGCUAGCCAUUUUAUUAAUUGUGUUAGUUGAUCAAUUUGUUCUUCUUACCUAGCUAAUUACUGUAGACUUAAGAUAUUGACAUAACCUACAAACUAGAUCAAUGAAAUUUUUUUACAUUUUACAUGUUUACAAUUAACAUUGUAAAAUUAAAUGGUCACAAAUUCUCACUUAACUAAUGUUGUUUAUAUGUUUAAAAUUAGGAUCCUAUACCUUAAGUAUUGUGGUGAAGUAUGUAGUCCAAGGGCUCCAAACAUUCACUGUUGUAGAACAAGAACCGUUCAGAGAGUUUGUCCAGGAUCUGCAGCCUAACUCAAAGAUCAUAUCAAGACCCUCUCUGCGCUCCAGGGUUGUUGAUAACCUCCAAGAAAAUGAAGAAGGUGACUGAGGCCAUGACAAGUUGACCACAUCGCCACCACCACUGACUGCUGAUCUGCAAGAAGACGGAAAUUCAUUGGUGUUACAGCCCAUUGGAUAGACCCUGAAAGUCUCAACAGAUGCUCUGCAGCCCUGGCCUGUAAACGGUUGAGAGGCUCGCACACCUUUGUUGGUAGGCGCCAUAAAUUACAUAAAUUCUCAGUUCGAAAUUCAGGGUAAGAUUGUGAGAACAACAGACAUCGGCUUUAACUUCUUGAAAGCUUUCCAAGUUUUUUAAGAAGACGAAAAUAACGAGGCAGUCGAUGUGAUGGUGUUGAAGCAGCUCAGCAAGGACAGGAAGAUGAUGAAGAGGAGGAACAAGAGGAGAGUGAAGAAGUGGAGUUUGUUUAUGUGGCAACAAUCCUGAAUGAAGAUGAUAGUUUUGAGGACCAGCUGCCGAAGCACCAGCGUUGUGUUAGACACCUACUCAACUUAGUAUCUACAUUCGAUGCCCUGAAAGCAUACAAAAAAAGUGUCCUGUUCAAUAUUUGGCAAGUGCCAAGCACUUUGGAACAAAUGAGGAAGAUCCACACUUGCAGCCGAAACGGUUGAAGAUGCUUGGGACCUCCAGAUGCUGCGCCCGAAUGCUACAAGGUGAAACUCAUGGUUCAUGGCUGUAGAAAGGCUCUUGUGGAUCAUCAAAGACAAAGAGAGGCUGCCGUCAGAGUUCUCUGCACAGACAUCGAGGUUUGAAUACCUAGUCAUCAUGCUGAUCAGGGUGAAAUUCAAUGGUGAACAAAAAUAUAUCAAGAUAAUUGACCUGACACUUGAAAAUCUUUUGAUUGGAGCUUUCCUGAAAUUUGAGGCCCACUUACUAGUUUAUCAGAGGCACAGCUGUAUGAUGGGUCUGGAACUGAAGUUGAUGGAAUCUUCCCUGAUGAGUCCUGCCUCUGCCAGUGCUGUGAUGGGUGGUUCAGACCGUGAGUCGGAUGAUACAAUAAUUUUGAGCGAGGAUGGAAGCCCCUCACGAAAGCCUCAAAGAUCUGAUGACGAAGCAAAAAAUCUAAUAGAGGGCAUACUGAAGAAAAAGCCUGGUGGAGAGGUGGUCAUCAAGGAAUACUCCAAAACUAACGGCCUGACUGACUGCACCAGACGAAAGAUGAUCAACAUUCUUGUUUUGGAGAUGACAGAUUCACGGACAUCACCAUCGCGCAGUGUGAGAGAAACGUUUCCACAAGGCAUUGUCUCCUUGUUCCCAUACCUGAAGGAUCCCUACACCACAAAUUGAUAUGAACAUUAUUACCACCCUACUAGUGGAGGAGGGUACCUCUCGUAUAGAAUCAAAACCGUUCAGAGGAAUUUGGCUUCAUCUGAGAAACGGCCCACUCAACUAUACUAUGGAUUGCCAACUGCUGAGAGGGAGUCCAGUCCAUCCACUUUGGCUACUCUGAGUGAAGACUGGUGCAGAGAGACCGUUUCUCUUAUGAAGCAUUCUUCUGAUGAAGAAACAGUCAAACAGAAGAUGAAAUUGACCUUUGGGUACAGGAAGAAGAUGACCCACGACCUGAGUAAAUGCUCCACCAUUCUAACCAAAUUUCCACGCUUUCUGGAUGUGAAGGGCUUAGUAAGACUUAAGUUGUAUACAUUUUGUUGAAUUUCCAGAUGCCAUUUGAGGUUGGCCAGUAAAUUUAAACAAAAACAACACUUCCGUAAUAGUAGCUCAAUUAAUGUGUAGGCUGGGGCUUUACUCAAACUCUGUUUUGGAGGUUCAAAUGGAAUGUUUUAUGAGAAAGAAAUGUACUUGCACAAAACAAAUGUUUUGUUCUUUGUCUUAUUUGUUUCAUGAUUGAACAGAUUUUUGUGGUGCUGUUUUUUGAGGGAACAUCAGCCACGUUUUUGGAGAGGUGGCCAACUAUAAUCAAGCAUGAAUGCUGAUGGUUAGAUGAUCAUAAUUUGUCAUUUACACUACCGUUCAAAGGUUUGGGGUCACUUAGAAAUGUCCUUGUUUUUGAAAGAAAAGCUUAUUUU